AUGUCUGGGGUUGAGGAAGCAGUUCCUGGUAGCCGUGACAGCUAUCCUUCUUCAGCAGGUGGUAGCUCUGUAUUACGCUUUGGCCAGUGCCAGUACACAGCAGAAGAGUACCAGGCCAUCCAGAAUGCCCUGAGGCAGCGGCUCGGCCCAGAGUAUAUUAGCAGUCGCAUGGCUGGAGGAGGCCAGAAGGUAUGUUACAUUGAGGGUCAUAGAGUAAUUAAUCUGGCCAAUGAGAUGUUUGGUUACAAUGGCUGGGCACACUCUGUUACACAGCAGAAUGUGGAUUUUGUUGACCUCAACAAUGGCAAGUUCUACGUAGGAGUCUGUGCAUUUGUAAAGGUCCAGUUGAAGGAUGGCUCUUAUCAUGAAGAUGUGGGUUACGGUGUUAGUGAGGGCCUCAAGUCAAAGGCCUUAUCCUUGGAGAAGGCAAGGAAGGAGGCAGUAACAGAUGGGUUGAAGCGAGCACUCAGGAGUUUUGGGAAUGCACUUGGAAAUUGUAUUCUGGACAAAGACUAUCUGAGAUCACUAAAUAAGCUUCCACGCCAGUUGCCUCCUGAAGUGGAUUUAACCAAAGCAAAGAGACAAGAUUUUGAACCAUCUGUGGAACAAGCAAGAUAUAGCAGUUGCCGACGGAACAUGGCUCUGGUACCCCACGAGCCUCGGGUGGUGACCUCCCCUUGCAGACCAGGCCACUCAGACGAUCCCCACAUUGUGAUACAUGGGGAUAAGGAUAGCACCUCCCGAAGUGUGAACUCAUCUGCUGUGGAGAGUGAUGCCACGCACCAGCGGAAGCGCCGACAAAAACAGCUGCAACAGCAGUUUCGGGAGCAAAUGGAGAAACAGCAGCAAGGUUCAAUAUCUUCUCUCUUCACUGAAAAGUGAGGGUCAGAGCUGCCGGCUCCUCCGAGGCAUAGCACUCCUGUGACUGCUGUUCCAGAACUAUUCACAGAGAAAGACUCCCUUGUAGGAUUGCAUCUUUCUGUGAUCUCUCUCUUUAUAGACAAUCUUGAAAUGUGGGAUCUGACUCCAGAUUUAGAUGACAUUAUCAAGCUACUGCCUAAACCAGAACCACUUGAGACACUUGCCACACCAGCACCGAACAACCACGUGGUUACCCGGAACAAAACUCCAGAAGGACUUUGCCACCAGAAGCCACAAUCAAAAUCUGGACCCUGGCAUCCCCAAGCACACAUUGCUAACCAACAUCUAACAGGAGACUGUGAUUCUUAUAGGAAGAACCAGGACAUGAAGAAAAGAAAAUUGGAUCCAACUUAG